AUGAUGCCAAAAAAGCCCAAAUCUCAACGCCCGAAAGUUAAGCCAGCUCCCAGUCCUUUCGAUUCCCUUCCCGUGGAAAUCGUCGUCGGAAUAUUCAUGCAUUGUCUGCCCGAACCUAGGAUGAUUGACCCCAUGAACCGAGCGCUGGCCCCACGGCUACUCAUGAGGGUCUGUCGUGGAUGGCGGCAAAUCGCAUCGUCUGCUCCGUUGCUUUGGUAUCGAUUUCGUGUCAAACUUAACGAACCGGUCUGGAAUGGGUUGGAGCUUACUGCCAUCCUCGAACGAUCUGCUGGUCUUCCCCUUCAUAUCACUCUAUAUAACCCCAUUCAAACCGCUAGUAUCAAAAGAGUGGGACAUUUGACGGCACUUUCGAGGUAUUGCGAGCGCAUCUCGCAUCUCGCUCUGGACAUGUCAGUCUCCGCAUUCGAUGCCUUCGACGCGUACUGGGGCAAGCACCAUGAAGAUGCCAAAUUCUCCAGUGUAGAAGAGCUUUCUCUUCCAGAGAUAUACCAACCUGUGUCGUUGACCAAUACCAUCCACAUAUUCACCGAUGCGUCACGCUUGAAACGUGCCUCUCUCUUUGCGUUCACCCCUCAACUCGUUGCAUUUCCUUGCGCUAACUUGGUUCGCUUCGAUGGACGAGCCUAUACCAUCCAAGAACUGGCUUCCCUAUUUUUCGCUACCCCGAAUUUAACUGAAUGCACCAUCCAUCUUGACCUGAACCCGAUCAAUCCAGGCUUGCUGGCUCUGCCAAUCACGCACACAGCUCUUCAACACUUGAGGGUGAGCGGGAACUGGUAUAACGGGACCGCUAUGUCGGAUGUUCUACUCUCCUGGAAUUUUCCUGCACUACAAUCACUUGAAAUCCAGCAUGGGGUGCUGGGAGAAGAAUCAGAUCGAGUUAUCGCCUCGUUUGCCCAACGUUCGUUGAUGCUACAGCAACUUUCGCUCAAUAUUCCGCCGCGUGGCAUGACCGAAUUCGUGCGCUCGUUCUACACUCCAUUUCCAUCGUUGCAUACCCUAACCGUGCGACACAUAAGCUAUGGGUUUCUGGAGAUGUUCUUCGAAGCUUUUGCCGUGGAUUCGACCUUCCUUCCCGGCGUCAGUGUCCUCCACUUCCCGUAUAUGGACUGUGUCAUCAUGUUGACUUCCCUGAUGAAAGAGGCUGGUCCUGGAAUCCUGAAACGACGCGCCCUGCAGCCAUCUGAUUGUGCACUUGAAGGCUUAGUCGUGACCUCUGAAAAAUUACCAGCCGGGAUGAAUUUCAAGGGGUUGGGCGAGGGAAUGCCUAAGGAGGGUCUUGAUGUGCUCCGAGAGCUUCGGAAAAAUGGCUUGAACGUCUCCAUAACGUGGAAUACCGUCAAGGAGUCGUCUGAAUUUGUGUUUUAA